GCAAACGCCAAUCAUAACAAAAACAUUGCAGUUCGCGUUCGGGUGGUUGUUUUUCUUGCGCGUGUGACGACAUAAAAAAAAUUAAGUAGAGACGAUGCUGUGCGCGUGAAGUCAUCUUCCUAUUUUUGUGAUAUUAUCCUUGGCGAUGUACGGGCUGUAACUCUUCCACACCGGAGUUUGUCACCAUGAACGGCGGUCCUUCGCGCAGUAAGUUUGGCUCGCUGCUCGGUGUCCUGUACGUGGGCCACACGAGCUGCAAGUUUCUGAUUUAUGCGGCAAAGAAUGCAGAGGUUCUAACGUGCCACGAGGAGAAGUUGGCGGCGAUUUCGCCACAGUCUGGAUGGGUUGAGUUUGAUCCGGUUCAGAUCUGGCAGUCGGCGAGGGAUUGUAUAAAUUCGGGGGUGCAGAAUCUGCUGCUGCUGGACAUCGAUCCUCGGGAUAUUGUGGGGUUGGGAGUAUGCAAUCAACGGGAGAGUAGCGUCCUUUGGGAUGGCGACAGUGGGCGGCCGUUAUGCAACGCGAUUGGUUGGUGUGACACGAGGACCUCGGGGGUGGUCAGCGAGCUGUUGACCAAGGUGAAGGGGAAGACCAACUUCCUGAAGGCGGUUUGCGGGUUGCCGUUUGCGAACUGUUUUAGCGCCGUUAAGAUUCGCUGGAUGCUGGACAACGUGGAAGGGUUGGAGGGGAAGGAAUUGAUGUUUGGGACGUUGGACAGCUGGAUUAUCUGGAAUUUGACCGGUGGGGCUGAUGGGGGGAUUCACGUGACUGAUGUGACUAACGCCUCGAGGACGAUGCUGAUGAACUUGGCGAGUUUGCAGUGGGAUCCGCGGUUGUGUAACUUCUUUAGAAUUCCGGCAAGUAUUCUGCCUCGAAUCUACAGCUGUGCCGAGGUUUACGGGUACGUAAGCGUUGGAUCGCUGGCCGGGAUUCCAAUCGCCAGUUGCCUUGGUGACCAACAGGCGGCAUUGCUAGGACAGAUGUGCCUUCAAGCGGGUCAGCUGACGUGCAACCUCGACGAAGGUUCCUACCUUAUGUUCAACACGGCCCAGGAGAUCAUAGACUCGGACAACGGACUACUGUCUACCGUUGCUUUCAAGCUGGGUCCAAACGCACAAACCUUCUACGCCCUGGAAGGAGCGAUCCCACAUUCCGGUAGCUCAAUCGGUUGGAUGUACGACAACCUGCAGCUUCCAAGCGAUCCCAACCAGAACGGCUCUCUUACCCAAAGCUUCCUUGGCGACCCCGGAGGCCCCUCAGCUGUCCUAUCUACCAUAUGUUCAAUGAACUCCUCGUUCGAAGGUCCAACAAUCAGUAACUUCAAAAACCCCAACUUCGAGGUGAUCCUAGUCCCGGCCUUCAGCGGCUACUACACGCCCUACUGGCGGUACAAAGCCCGCGGCAUGCUGUUCGGACUAACGCUACAGACAACGGCCCAGCAGAUCCUGUUUUCCGCGUACGAGGCCGUGUGCUUCCAGGUUCGGGAACUGCUCGAAUCCCUAGCCCGAGACUGCCGGAUGUGGCCCCAGGUGACGAAGCUGGUCGCCGGUGGUGAUCUCAGCGAGCGCCCCUUCCUGAUGCAAAUGCUGGCCGACCUUUGCGGCGUGAGCAUUGAGCGGCCCCAAACGUCGACCCCUGCAUGCUUGGGGACGAUGCUGGCGGCGGGACUUGCCACGGGGAUGCUCUCGCUGGAGGACUUUAAGGCGAGCUGCGUGCCACCGAUCGACUACUACCAGGCUGCACUUAAUUCUAGUCAACGAGAUAUGAAAUUCCGCAAGUGGAAGGUGGCCGUUGAUCGGUGCCUCAACUUUGAGUCCGUCUCCGAGACGGACCUGUCGAAGUUUCAGCAGGAAGCGCUGGAUCCCGACCACACGGUGCGUUGCUCCAUCCCGGGGUCGGUCUACGUCAUCUCGUCGUUUGCGCUGGUCGUGCUGGCGCAGAUUCUCCAACAGAGUGGCGGCGGCGUUGGUUCGCUGCCCAAGUAGUGCAGUACUCUCCGGGUAAGGUUUCCGGUUGUGUCGAUUGCGUGUUUGGCCGAGUUCGUAGAGUUACGCGUUUAACAGGUAGAGGAUAUUUCUCGCUUUGCGUUCGUUUUAGACGGGGUU